AGUCGGCGCCGCCCAUCGGUCCCAGCCCCUUGCUUUCCGCUGGGUCUGGCGGAAAUGAACCGCGGGCUGGGCAGUGGAGGCCCCGAGCUGGGCCCAGCGCGGGCGAGGAUCAGGCCUGCUGUGUUCCAAGGCUGCCCGCCCGGCGCAGUGACCCUGCUGGGGCCAGGUUCGCGCGCCGCGCCCCUCUCCCCGCCCCCGGAGACACACCUCCUGCUCCACCGCGACUCCUUUAGGGGCAGGCCUCCGGCAGCUUCACCGCCUCCAACACGGUGCGCCCCCAGCGUGGAAGACGGGCUCGCGUUCGAACCAGUGCACUCCUAAGGCUCCAGGAUGGUGGGGGAACUCCGCUACAGGGAAUUCAGGGUGCCCCUGGGGCCUGGCUUGCACGCCUAUCCUGACGAGUUGAUCCGACAGCGAGUGGGCCACGACGGACACCCUGAGUAUCAGAUCCGCUGGCUGAUCCUCAGGCGCGGAGAGGACGGGGAAGGAAGCUCUGGCCAAGUGCACUGCAAGGCUGAGCACAUCCUGCUGUGGAUGUCUGACGAUGAGAUCUAUGCCAACUGCCACAAGAUGCUGGGCGAGAACGGCCAGGUCAUCGGGCCCUCCCAGGAGUCUGCAGCAGAGUCCGGGACCUUGGACAAAUCUGUGCUGAAGGAGAUGGAAACCGACGUGAAGUCCCUGAUUCAGAGGGCCCUUCGGCAGCUGGAGGAGUGUGUGGGUACUGUCCCUCCUGCCCCCCUGCUCCACACCGUCCACGUGCUCAGCGCCUAUGCCAGCAUCGAGCCCCUCACUGGGGUCUUUAAAGACCCAAAGAUCCUGGACUUGCUCGUGCACAUGUUGAGUAGCCCUGAUUACCAGAUUCGCUGGAGCGCUGGACGGAUGAUACAGGCUCUGUCCUCCCAUGAUGCUGGAACACGGACCCAGAUCCUCUUGUCAUUGAGCCAACAAGAAGCCAUCGAGAAGCACCUGGACUUCGACAGCCGCUGUGCCCUGCUUGCGCUGUUUGCACAGGCCACGCUAGCUGAACACCCCAUGUCUUUCGAGGGCAUUCAGCUGCCACAGGUCCCAGGAAGGCUGCUUUUCUCCCUGGUGAAGCGGUAUUUGCAUGCUAACUUCCUCCUGGAUCAGCUGAACAGCAGCGCUCAGGAAUCAGAAGCCCCUGCAGAAUUGAGCAAGGAGAGAGGCCGGCUGGAUGUGGAAUUCAGUAUGGCCAUGGGCACCCUGAUCUCAGAGCUGGUGCAGGCUAUGUGCUGGGACCGGGCCUCAGGCAGACCAGGAAGCUCGGCACGGUCCCCCUGUUCCAUCUUCCAGCCUCAGCCAGUAGAUGCCAGCCCAGUGCUCCCACCCAGCCCGGCCCGGCACUCCAGGAGGUCAAGGCAGUUCCGCUCUCGAACCGAGUUCGCAAGUGGCAAUACCUACGCCUUAUACGUGCGGGACGUGCUGCAGCCGGGCAUGCGAGUGCGGAUGCUGGAGGAUUAUGAGGAGAUCAGUGCUGGGGAUGAGGGCGAGUUCCUGCGAAGCAACAGUGGCGUGCCCCCUGCGCAGGUGUUGUGGGAGUCAGUGGGCCGCACCUACUGGGUGUACUGGCACAUGCUGGAGAUCCUGGGCUUCGAGGAAGACUUCGAGGACUUGGUGGAGGCUACUGACCACCAGGAGGCAGUGGUCAGCGGAGCCCUGGGUGGAGUGCUGCCCUCCUGGCGCUGGAAGCCCAUGACUGAGCUCUAUGCUGUGCCUUACGUGCUGCCUGAGGACGAGGAUGCGGAGGAGAGCGAGCACCUGAGCCAGGCUGAGUGGUGGGAGCUGCUAUUCUUCAUCAGGAAGCUGGACGGGGCUGACCAUCGGGAGGUUAUCCAGAUGCUGCAGGAGAACCUGGACGGGGAGUACGUGCUGGACGAUGAGAUCCUGGCUGAGUUGGCUGUGCCUGUGGAGUUGGCCUGCAACCUGCUGGUGGCACUGCCACAGAAACUUGACGACAGUGCCCUCAGGGAUCUGCUCAACUGCCGAGUCUACAGGAAGUACAGCUCCAAGGUCCCAGCCAGGCAGCCAGCCUACCCACCCCUUCUCCAAGCUCAGGCCCAGGAAGAUGCAGCCAGAGCAGAAGAGAAAGAGUCCCACUCUCAGAGCCCUGGUGCCCUGCAGUGCCUGGCAGAGGGUUUGGGACCUUCUGGGCAACUACUCAUAGACCUUGAGCGAGCCCUGGGCUGCUUGGGGCCCCAGGAUGGUGAGGUCAGGCCGUGCCUGCUCCAGCUCCAGAGGCAGCCCCAGCCCGUCCUCGCCCUCCUGCGCAGCCUGGACACUCCAGCCACCAACAAGACCCUGCACCUGGCCGCACUGAGAAUCCUGACGCGGCUGGCGGACUUCCCUGAGGCUCUGCUGCUGCCCUGGCAUGAGGCCAUGGAUGCCUGUGUAGCCUGUCUGAAGUCCCCCAACACUGACUGUGAGGUGCUCCAGCAACUCAUCAUCUUCCUGCACCGCCUGACCUCAGGGAGCAGGGACUAUGCCGUGGUGCUAAACCAGCUGGGAGCCCAGGACGCCAUCUCCACAGCCCUGGAGAAGCACCCAGGAAAACUGGAGUUGGCCUCGGAGCUGCGGGACGCUGUGUCCAAGUGCGAGAAGCACACACACCUCUACCAGAACCUCAUCACCAACGUCCUAGGCGGCUGCAUCCAGAUGGUGCUGGGCCAGAUCGAAGACCACAGGCGAACCCACCGACCCAUCAACGUCCCCUUCUUCGACGUGUUUCUCAGAUAUCUCUGCCAGGGAUCCAGUGUGGACAUGAAAGAGGACAGGUGCUGGGAGAAGGUGGAGGUGUCCUCCAACCAGCAGCGGGCCAGCAAGCUGACGGACCGCAACCCCAAGACCUACUGGGAGUCCAGUGGCAACUCCGGCUCCCACCACAUCACCUUGCACAUGCGCCAAGGUGUCCUUGUCAGGCAGCUGACUCUUCUGGUAGCCAGGGAGGAUGCAAGCUACAUGCCAGCGCUGGUGGCAGUGUAUGGGGGCAACGCCACCAGCUCUCUUAACACGGAACUCAACUCGGUGAAUGUGAUGCCCUGUGCCAGCCGGGUGAUCCUGUUGGAGAACCUGACCCACUUCUGGCCUAUCCUCCAGAUCCGCAUAAAGCGCUGCCAGCAGGGUGGCAUCGACACACGCAUUCGGGGUGUAGAGGUCCUGGGCCCCAAGCCCACUUUCUGGCCAGCAUUCCGGGAACUGCUGUGUCGCCACACGCGUCUCUUCUACAUGGUUCGGGCGCAGGCCUGGAGCCAGGACAUAGCUGAGGAUCGUAGGAGCCUCCUGCACCUGAGCUCCAGGCUCAAUGGCACUCUGCGCCAGGAGCAGAAUUUUGCUGAUCGCUUCCUCCCUGAUGAUGAGGCUGCCAGGGCACUGGGCAAGACCUGCUGGGAGGCCCUGGUCAGCCCCCUGGUGCAGAACAUCACCUCGCCUGAUGAGGAUGGUGUGAGCGCGCUGGGCUGGCUGCUGAACCAGUACCUGGAGUGUCGUGAGGCUGCCCAUAAUCCUCAGAGCCGCGCAGCUGCCUUCUCCUCACGUGUGCGUCGCCUCACUCACCUGCUGGUGCACGUGGAGCCCUGUGAGCCCGCGGCCGCCCCUUGGCCCAAAGGUAGAAGCGGAAGCCAUGACUGGGGCUCCCCGGCCACCCGGGGCCUCUCGGGCAGCAUCCUGAGGAACCUGACGCGCUGCUGGCGCGCUGUGGUGGAAGAGCAGGUGAACGCCUUCUUGACCUUGCACUGGCGGGAUGAUGACUUUGUCCAGCGCUAUUGUGAGCGCUUCUACAAUCUGCAGAAGUCGAGCUCUGAGCUGUUUGGGCCACGGGCUGCCUUCCUGUUAGCACUGCAGAGCGGCUGUGCUGGGGCCCUGCUGCAGCUGCCUUUUCUGAGAGCCGCACACGUGAGCGAGCAGUUUGCCCGGCACAUCGACCAGCGGAUCCAGAACAGCCGGGUUGGGGGUGCCCAGGGCAUGGAGACACUGGUGCAGCUGCAGAGGUGCCUGGAAGCGGCCUUUGUUUUCUCUGGCCUGGAAGUGGCUACCACCUUUGAGCAUUACUACCAGCACUACAUGGCUGACCGUCUCCUGAGCUUGGGCCCCAGCUGGCUGGAGGGGGCGGUGCUGGAGCAGAUCGGCCUCUGCUUCCCGAACCGCCUCCCGCAGCUGAUGUUGCGGAGCCUGCGCACCUCGGAGGAACUGCAGCGCCAGUUCCAUGUCUACCAGCUGCAGCAGCUUGAUGAGGAAUUGCUGAAGCUGGAAGACACAGAGAGGAAACUGCAGGCGAACACUGUGCCCCUUCAGGAGGGCCAGGAGAGCGGUGGCCAGGAGCCUGAACAUGAGCAGGAGGACAUGAGGGCAGCUGAAGCUGCAGCUGUAGUGGAGGAUGAGGAGGAAGAGAAUGAGGAUUUCUACUAUGAAGGGGUGAUGCCAAAAGUGUCUGUGCUCGUCCUGUCCCCACGCUGCUGGCCUGUCACCUCCAUCUGCCAUAUGCUGAACCCCAAAACGUGCCUGCCCUCCUACCUGAGGGGAACCUUGAACCAAUACUCCAACUUCUACCACAACAGUCAGUCCCAGCCUGCUCUAGAGGGAGGCCUGCAUCGGCAGUUGGAGUGGACGUGGUUGGGCCGUGCUGAGCUGCAGUUUGGGGACCAGACCUUGCACGUUUCCACUGUGCAGAUGUGGCUGCUGCUGAAUUUCAACAAUCUGAAGGUGGUGUCCGUAGAGAGCCUGCUGGCGCACUCAGGGCUCCCCUCGCACCUGCUGCAUCGGGCCAUUGGGCCUCUCACGUCCACGCGAGGCCCUCUGGACCUGCAGGAGCAGGAGGACAUCCCGGGAGGGGUGCUCAAGAUUAGAGACGCUGCUGACGAACCCAGGCCAAGGUGGGGCAGCGUGUGGCUCGUCCCACCUCAGACCUACCUGGAGGUGGAGGAUGAAGAGGGCCGAAGCCUGGAGAAGAGGCGGAACCUGCUGAACUGCUUGGUUGUCCGGAUCCUCAAGGCCCACGGCGAUGAGGGGCUGCACAUCGACCGGCUUGUCUGCCUGGUGCUGGAGGCUUGGCAGAAAGGCCCGUGCCCUCCCCGGGGUUUGAUCAGCAACCUUGGCAAGGGUGCCACUUGCAGCAGCACUGAUGUCCUCUCCUCCAUCCUACACUUGCUGGGCAAAGGCACGCUGAGACGUCAUGACACCCGGCCACAGGUGCUGUCCUAUGCCGUCCCUGUGACUGUAGUGGAGCCCCACACUGAGUCCCUGAGCCCCGGAUCCUUGGGCCCCAACCCGCCCCUCACCUUCCACACCCUCCAGAUUCGUUCCCGGGGUGUCCCCUAUGCCUCCUGCACUGGCACCCAUAGCUUCUCCACCUUCCGGUAGCCCUGGGCUGGGGUUUUUAUUUCUAUGAAAAUAAAAUGAGUUUGAGUGUAA